AUGAGUGAACAAUCUAAUAAUAUAGAUAGUUUUUGUAAAAAAGUUUAGAGUAUAAAAAAAGCCUGGAGCAAAAAAGAAGACAAAUAAUUGUAAAAAGGUAUAGAAUAGUGUGGAAUGAAUUGGAUUAAUAUAGCUGAGUAUGUACUUGAUAGAAAUCCAAAUUAGUGUGCUUAAAGAUGGAAACGACUUAAUGGAAGAAGGGUAUUGUGUUUAUAUAGCUCUUAGAGUAGAAUUAAUAAAUAUUGGAAAAAAUCAGAAGAUGAAUAGCUUAUAAAUCUUGUUUAAAAAUUUGGAUUAAAGUGGUCUAACAUAGCCUAGAUAAUGCAAGUUAGAAAUGGUAAAUAAUGCAGAGAUCGAUACACUAAUGUACUUGAUCCAAAUCUUAAAAUGAACAGUUUUUCUUAAGAAGAAGAUGAAUUAAUUUAUGAAUAGUACUUACAAUAAGGUUCGAAAUGGUCCUAUAUUUCUAAAUAACUUCAGGGUAGAUCGGUAAUCUUGAUAUUUAUAUUUCAGCCAAACUAAAUCAAAAACAGAUUCUAUGGUCACAUAAGAACUAAUUACUUAUAGAUCGAAAAUCCUUAUUAUUCAAAACAAACAUCAUUUAAGUCAAAAUAGAUACUUUAAAAAAUAAGAGAAGAACAUUUAAGAAAAAUGGAUAAUUUAUAUACAUAACAGUUCAAUUCAGAUCAAAAUUCAUCUGCGAACUUAGAUUCUUUCUUAUUUUAAAAUUUACCAUAAAAUUUUAAUUCUAACAUUAAUUUUAAAGACCCAAGCAUGAUUCUAGAAAAUUAAUUUGAAUAAAAUAAUUGA